CGGUUUCAACUGGACGGUGUGGUCGCUGCCACCGAUUGCACUUGCAAUGACGAUCACGUCGUUCUCUUUGGUGACCAAAGGGCCCGCCCUGGGCAUCCGCCACCUCCAGGUGCUGUUCCUCUUCACGUGCGCCACCCUGGUCGUGCUCCAGCGGAUGAACCUGAGCGUUGCCAUUGUGGCGAUUACGAAUGCCAACAGCAGCAAUCCAGACUAUCCAGAGUACCAGCUAACGGAGCAGCAGAAGUCUUAUAUCCUGAGCAGUACCUUCUGGGGCUCCUGCUGCACGCAGCUGCUGGGCGGCUACUUCUCCAGUCGAUGCGGGGCCAAGAUGCUGCUCUUUGUGAUAUCUCUGGCCACGGGUCUCAUCAGCGUCGUCACGCCCUUCUCCAUUGCCUGGGGUGGCUGGAAAUUGCUCUUCGUGGUGCGCCUCAUUCAGGGCCUGGUCAUGGGCGGCAUGUGGCCCUGCCUGUACACGCACCUGGCCAAGUGGUGUCCCAAAAAGGAGCAGAAUCGUUUUGGUGGCAUCAUGACGACCGGCCUGGAUUGUGGCACAGCGCUGGGCUUUGCUCUCAGUGGAGUCCUAGCCGCCUCUCCCCUCGGCUGGCCCAGCUCCUUCUAUGUGCCAGGCUACAUUGGGGUUGUCUGGUGCCUGCUCUGGCUGCGCUAUGGCGCCAAUUCGCCAUCCGAAUCGCCCUUCAUUUCGCUGGCUGAGAGGAAAUACAUUGAGUUGGCCCUGGAACAGAGUCAUGCCCCCAAGGGCCAGACUCCGGCUGUGCCCUGGCGUCACAUAUUGACCUCACGUCCGUUCCUCGUGCUAGCCUUCUGCAAGAUGAGUCAGGCCUGCAGCUUCUACACUUUGAUGCAGCAGGUGCCCCGCUACAUUCACGGCAUCUUCCGGUACAGCAUUUGGAUGAACGCCUUGCUGUCUGCGCUGCCCUUUGUGAUCAUGCUGCUGUCCUCCUACUUCUUCAUCUUCCUGGCCGAGUAUCUGACUCGGCGGCGGAACAUUCCACUGCCUAUCCUUCGCAAAACCAUCAAUUCGUAUGCCUCCUGGACUCCUGCCAUUGCCCUGAUGUCGCUCACCUACGUCAGCGACCAGAAUGUGGUGGGCAGCAUCUGCUGUCUGAUUGCAGCGGUGGCUGCCAUCUCUGGCCAGGCCAUUGGCAGCUCUCUCAAUCACGUGGAUCUCGCUCCAAACUUUGCAGGGCUUCUGUUUGGCAUCAGCAACACUUUGAUGUCGGCAGCCGGUGUCAUAUCGCCCCUCAUCAUCGGCUUGGCGGUGUCCGAUGAGUCGGAUCGUACGCAAUGGCGUUCUGUGUUUCUGGCAAUUGCCGCAAUUCUGUUUGUCGGAAAUUUGUUGUAUUUGAUUUUUGGCCGAAUGAUGGUUCAGCCUUGGAAUGGACCCGGACCCAAGACUGCGGAAACCCAAACAGCAGCAGCACAUUCCCCAGCGCCUGAGGAAGCGCUUUCCAUGGAGAAGUUUACCUAUUUUUAAUUGAAUUUAAUCGAUUGUAUUUUAUUGCCAAUAUCCUGACCCACGAACAGCUGGCCGCGAGCGUUA